AUGAGUUAACAAUAACCCUUGAAUGAAUUACAUAAAUAAUAGGAUAAAGCGAUAAAUGAAGUAAAUUUUGAAGAAGCUAAUGACAAAUCUGAUUAUAAUCCAAUUGGUAUUGAUCUUCCAAAUGAAAAUGGCAACAAAAAGACCUCCACAAUAGUAACGACUACAGAGAGAGAAGUUAUAGCAGAGAAUUAAUAGCAGGAUGAUGAAAAUUUAAUUUUGGAGGGAUAAGCUUCGUAUUUUUAAAGUUCAUCUUCCUUAUCACAUGAUUAAUUGUAAUAAUUGGAGAUUAUAAUCUAAUCUCGAGAUAAAGAGGAAUCUUUAAAAGAAAAAUUGCUUUUAGUUUAGAAAGUGGAAACAUAAGCUGAAGUUUUAAAUAGACUAAGAAAUUUUGGACAAUAAGUAGAAGAUAUGGGCAUAGAAAAUUUAAAAACAAAAUAGAGUUAUGAAAGGAAUAUCGAACUUAAAGAUUCUAUAAAAUAAAAGAUCCUCUAAAAAAUACAUAAGGGUGAACUCUAAAUGGAAAACGACAGUUUCGACCCUGAAACAAUGAAUGAAACUCAUUAAACAAUAUUCAUAUGGAAAUGAAUAAGAAGAAUAAAACAUUAUAAGUGCAUAAUAUUAAAAAAAAUACUAUAUGAAUUUUCUAAUAUAAGAAAA